AUGUCAGACUUCAAUUGUUCCUGUUGUGGGAAGCCUUAUCAAAGCCGGAGGACUCUGUACAGACACUACAGAGAUGACCACCCCGAGCACACUGGUGGUCAAUCAUCUAACCCCAGUUGGGCGGUGGUGAACUCUGGAGGGUCUGUACAGAGUCCUCGUCCUUGUGCCUCGCACCAGGGCAAUGGUGUCGUUGCUUCGCCGGCUGCCGCUGCCGCCGUCGCCUUUCCCUCGGUGCCCUCGACACCCUCCCCUCCUCUCAUUCCUCGUCGUUCUGUCCCUCGCGGAGGAAACCUGAUGGUUAACCAUCCCUCACAACAGCUCCGGUCUUCUCGUUCUACGAGGAACCAAGAAAACAACCCAACGCCACGAAAUCGAGCUGGCCUCCCCGAUUUCGACGUGACCGAAGGCCUCCCAGUGCAACGCUGGGAGUAUACCAGAGUCAAAGUCAACCAGGACGCAUCCGCCGAUCAUACGGAUGGGAACAAUCAGUCGACCGAGAACCAGGAUAGCAGCCACUCCUGGCCUGAGCUACCUCUGCCGUCUUUCUGGCCGCAACUUCCACCAGCCAAUCAGGAACUGGUUCGACGUGCUCGCAUGGGCAAUGUCAAUCCCAAAUUGUCAGUUUGGGACCCAAAGACCGAAAGCUACAUUCCAGGCAUCGAACUGGAGAGGCGCGAGGCAGCGAGAAAAGCUCAAGUGAACAAAACCAAACUCAAUCCAACUGCUAAUGUCGACGCAAUGAAUGUUGACGAUGAUGAGGACAAGAACGACGAAGAAAAUGACGAUCUUAUGGACGUCGAAGGCCUAGCUCCGGAUUCAAAACGUCGCAAAGCAAACUCGGGCUCAAACGAACGAGUGUUUGAAGUCAAGAAAUGGGUUCAGGUGCCCGUUGCUCUGGCUGAGAGAAUGCCGGAGCCAAAAUAUCUUGCAGACCGCCGACCCGGAAUGGAAAGUCUCUACAAAGGAGCAUACAAAGCCACGAACGGAUUCGGCACUUUGGGAGACGCCGUUGCUGCGGCAAUGAGUAAUGGAGCUGCAGGAUAUGACCUUGGUGAUGGUGGCGGACUUGGAAAUGCUGCUGGCAUCCUUGCCCCAGGAUCUGGAUCUCGCGGGCUCAACACACAAGCAGACGGCACAUCUACGCCUGCCCGAAAGAACUUGCCUCCGAGACGCAAGAAGAAGAAGCUUGGUGGGCCUGGGAGGAAGCCUAAGAAUCCAAAUCCCGGUCAACCUGCUGCUACUUCUGCUAUCGCUCCUGCUGCAUUGGAAAGUGCCGCCACUGAAGACACCGCCGCUGCAAGCACUGUCGAAGGGGAUGUGACGAUGAGAAACACCCCUGAAACUGCUGUCGAGGGUGCAGACAACGCAGACGCAACGCCCGCUAUCCAAGGCGAGUCAGUUAUGCAUGAUGCAGACGCAGAAGGCUCUGGAUCUGAAAGUGAAGGAGAAGGCAGUGAAGAGGGAGAGAUUGCAGCUACCGUUGAUCAUCCUCCGACUGAAAACACCACUGUCGUCGAUCCACCUCUUACUGAACACGCCACUAUCACGGAUCCUGCACCUCCUGAAAGCAUCACUACCAUCGACCCCACUCUCACUGAAGACACCGUAGCCACGCAAAUUACUCCCAAGCCAGUGGAAGAAGAAGUUGUGCCUGAAGAAGAUGGUGCUCCUGAAGAACACAAGAAGGAAGACACUGAAGAGAAAGACGUCAAAACUUCUAGCCCGGUCGCCAGCCCUGAAAGACCCAAAGCUGAGGCGGAUGUGAGUCCCGACGCCGACGCCGCCGCUGAUGCCGUCGCCGUUACAGCUACUGACGCUGUCUUUACCCCUGUCAUCGACCAGGAAGCCAAGAAAGAAGGACGUGGCGAAGAUGAGAUUGAUGUGCUCAGUGCGCUUGAGAAUGCAGUGGACAAGGAAGUCAGCGAGGAUGUCUAA